AUCUGUUUGCCCAUAGAUUAUGCCUAUGGUUUGCCUUGUAAUCUCUAACGGGUUACGGGUAUCUCUUGGUAGUUACUGAGGCAGUUUAACAAUGACUUCCAAGUUUACUUCUCUUUUCUCUUCUUCUGUACCGCCAAAUCAACUGAAAAUUACUGAUCUACCUGAGGUACUUGAUUUACUCAAACGUCACCAUUUAGGCCAAAUCAAUUACUCUGAUCUCGGCCUGUUUCUUGGACUCUCUCCUACUACACUGGAUGUCAUCACAUUGAAUGAUAAAGGAGAUACUGAGAGCUGUCUACAGUACACUAAAGGUGGUCCAACUAUCUAUUCAUUGAUAUUAGCAUUGAGGGAAUUAGGAGAGAAUGGAGUAGCUGAUGGAAUAGAUAGGGAGAAGCAUCCUGCUUGUAGAAUCCUUGCUCGUCAUUCCUCAGACCAAUCUCUACUGUCUGCAUUACCUCUGUUGUAUUUAGAUCUGUAUGAAGCAGAACUAAUAAAAGAGUCAAUCCUCCCACAUAGACAAGGAGAAGGACUACUGGGUGACAUAAAGGAAGCUGUUUGUGCUGAUUAUAAAAAACUUAAGACAUUUGCUGACAUUUUAUGCAAAUACAUGUACAUACCAGCCAUUGCCGAGAUAGGAUUUGCCAUCAUGAGAGACUACAGAAUAGUUUAUGAAAGUGAUGAUGAGAAUGCUAAAGCACUGAGGAUUUAUCUUUCUGUGAGUGUCACUUCAGAGUUUAUGAUGAUGCGAAUAAAAUUGACGAAUACAUUCUUACAAGUGGAGUCAAUAAUGAAGAGCAACCCUCUGUCUUCAUCCCUUCAUAAUAUCAAAUAUGUACUGGGUAUAAUUAACAAAGCAUUAAAGCCUCAAUUAGCUCAGUGUCAAGAUAUCCGUGACAUAUUACAAUUAUUACGUAAUAACAGUUUCACUUGAUGACAUAAGUGUGUUGGAGAAUUUUGUUAAUGAGUUCAAUAUAAAGGAGGCUAAGGUACUUAUUAAAGAGUAUAAAGAAGCUGUUGAGAAGUUAAAAAUGAAGCUUUGUCAAUUUUUGGAAGAAGAGCUUUUAAAAGCAUCAUCGCUACUUGAGUCUGUUGCGAUUGUCGUUGAUAAAGAUACUAGCUAUUCAGUACUUAAAGAUGUCGAGAAACUAUCAUCAGCCGUAUUACCCUGUCAUAUAAAGUUAAAAGUGAUUAGAGAUGAUGGUGGUAAAUGUAUGUGGGAAGUUUGGGAACUCACUGAUAUUUAUGUGGGCCCUACUAUACAAAGUAAAGAUACCACACUAGCAACUGAAGUACCAGCAGGAACAACAGAAUCAGUGAGUCAUUCUUACCAGGAGGAGGAGGAAGACAAAAAGGAUGAGAAUCAGGUUAUGUUACUACAGGACAAAGUUGAAAGUAUUCAAAAGCAACUGGAGGAAGAAAAGGAACUCCAUGAAAAAGAGAAACAAUUUUUUAUAAAGAAAUAUGAAGAAGAGAUACUUCAACAGAAAAUGGUCCUCAUUCAAAAUGAAGAGAGAAUAGCAACACUUACUGAACAACAGGAGGAAGUUACUGGAGACUUGAAACACAAGACAGAACAAUAUGAAGAAUUAAGAUCAGAUACUUAUAAACAACUUGAGGAACU